AUGUCCUCUCCGCCUACACAAGUAGGAUUGCAGCUGGAGAAAGGUCACGUCGAGGGUCACAUUGAACAACAACCUGAUGAAUUUGACCAGAUCCACCAGCAACAGCUUGCAAAUCUAACCGACCGGGAAGACCACCAAGAUGGCAAGUGGCAAGCUAUUAAGAAGAACCCUUGGGCCUUCCUCUGGUGCCUUUUUGCCGUCUGGGCAGUUCUUCUUGUCAGUUUCGAGAAUCAGGCGUCUGGCAACAUUCUGGGAAUUCCCCAAUUCCGAAAAGACUUUGGAACGCUCUAUGACGGCGGUUAUGUUCUCUCCGCAAAGUGGCAAUCUGCCUUUAGUGGAGCACCAGUAGCUUCACAAGUCAUUGGAGCGCUUGUAUGCGGCCAAAUUGCAGACUGGAUCGGCCGGCGAUAUACCAUCGUGCUUGCUCUUCUUAUCUCCUUUGCGGCUAUCACUAUGGAGUUCGUGGCCACCACGGAUGAACUUUUUUUUGGCGGCAAGUUUCUCAAUGGCUUUGCGGUGGGCACAUUGCAAGCUGUUGCAGGCACUUAUAUCGGCGAGAUUGUGCCUCUUGCCCUUCGCGGCUUAAUGACUUGCUUAAUUGCGCUGUCCUUCACUGUUGGCCCCUUCACCGUGGCGUUGAUCGUAAACUCCGAAGGCCAAAGAGACGAUCGAUGGGCAUAUCGCUCUGUUUUCAUCUCCCAAUAUGGCUUUGCCGUUAUCUCCGCUGCUUUUGUUUUCUUUAUGCCAGAGUCUCCCUGGUGGCUUGUGAACAAAGGUCAUGAGGACAAGGCCCUCCAUAGCCUCCAUCGUCUUGGAUACAGUGCAGAAUCUGGAGAAGACGCCAAGCGCAUCGCUAAUAUCAAGGUCACGUUGGAGCAGAUUCGCCACGAGACAGAAGGUGUCACAUAUGCUGAGUGCUUUAGGAAGUCCAACCUUCGCCGGACACUGGUUUCCAUAGCGCCACUGGUAAUCCAACAAUUCACCGGAAUUAACUUUGCUGCCUCUUACUCAACAUACUACUCAGAGCUCGCAGGCUACAGCACAGACAUGGCUUUCAAGCUACAGAUUAUUCAGCAAGUCCUAUCUAUGGUAGGAAACGUCAUCUCAUGGGACUUAAUUGACCGCGUUGGUCGCCGUGGCCUGACCCUUUAUGGAACUAUGGUAUUGACUGUUGUCCUCUGGGUCAUGGGCGGUCUCGCGGUCGGAGGUUCGCCUAAUGACCUUAAAGGAACGGUAGCCAUGAUCUUGCUGUAUUGUUUCUUAUACAAUGUCACCAUUGGCGCGACUGCGUAUACCUGUUUGACGGAAACGGCGACAUCACGCCUUCGGAUAAAGACCAUCGCCAUCGGUCUAGCGGUCUCAAAUUCCAUUUCAGUCAUGUGGAGCUUUGUCCUUCCGUACAUGUUCAAUCCAGACAAGGGCAACCUCGGCGGCAAGGUUGGCUUUGUUUUUGGGGCGUUAUGUUUUCCUUGCAUCGCGUUUCUGUGGUACUACCAGCCGGAAACAAGGGGUCGAUCAUACGAAGAGCUUGACGAGAUGUUUACCAAGAAGGUUCCUGCAAGGCACUUUAAAUCCUACGUUACUGAGGUGCAGACACAAGGUCACGAGGUUCAGUUGUGUAAAGCAGACAUUUGAGGUCGAUAACGUGCCCGUAGCAUCGAUCAUAUAGCAAAGGGCUUCUUGUACUCCGUGGAUAAUAUUAAAUUAGAAUCGUCUAUCUCCAGUUAUACAAAUAUUACAGCCAUCUAG